ACGAGGUGUUCAUUUGCACAUUGGAAAGUUGUUCGGAGCGGUCGCUCGUUUCGAUUUCAAUUCAGUUACCGGUGAUAUAUUUUCGCGUCGCGGUGUGAAUCGGAAGAUUUCCGGGGAGAAUGUAAACUAGUUUCUUUUAUAACAUCUCAUCGCCUUUCAUCAAAGAAAAUAUUUUUUCCUUUUUUUAGGCUGUGAAUUCUUAGAGAUGCCCAUGCGACCCACCUUUAAACUCAUCCCGGAUUUCAUCAUUCCGCAUUUGGAGCGAAAGACUUAUGGACGCCAUUUGAUAUGGGAAGAUCGGGAAAAAGGCAGUUUUAAGGUGUCCAGAAUUCACCAGAGCAGUGAACUGUGGAGUGAUGAAUGCAUUGCUGUUUAUAAGGCUUGGUCUCAAGAGAAAAAGCUAUGGAAACUGGAUGAUGCUAAAAGAAUUACCAAAGCUAAACACAGAUUAAUUACAGCUUUAAGGAGGAGUCCUAUCAUAGAAGUAUUAAAAAAAGAAUCAGCAUAUUACAGGUUUCGAUUUACUCGUCCCGUUAAAACAGAUCAAAAAUCUUCUACUGAUUAUUCAACUGUUGACAGUUUCAGACCUUUGCUGGAAUUGGAAAGCAAUAAAGAUUUUAAUGAUACUGGUUCCAGUUCACUUACAUAUGAAAAACAACCUAAAAUGAAAGAAGUAUAUAUCACUGUAAUAAGCAGGACAACUAACAGUGAAUCUGAGCUAAAUGUGCCUUCUCAAGAGUUUGAAAAUAAAUUCAAAGAUGAGGAAUUUGCCAUGUUAAAUGAAUCUGGUGAUAUCUAUCCAAGUGUAUAUAAUUCUGAUGAAGAUAAAAAUGCUUGGUGGUCAGGUAAAUGCUGUUGUGAUAUUUUGUUAGAUAGCACUCUGCUGCGCAAUGAAAGGUGUAUCUGGCACGGAAUUUAUUCAUAGAUAAUAGAUGAAACCAUAAAUUGUGUUUAUGGAAUGUAAUUUUGUAAAUAAUUAUGUGAAGAUUUACAUAUUUCAAUAAAUAAUUUUUUUAAACAAA